UGAAUUGGAUGCCGGAGUUGUGAUGGACCCGUUCGACGGCCCCGGACCUCUCCCGGAUGAGACGGUGGACGCGGCGGGUCGCCGCUCUCCCUGGGCCCGUUUCUCCUCCUGGCUGGAAUGUGUGUGCGUCGUCACGUUCGACCUAGAGCUCGGACAGGCCAUAGAGCUGGUGUAUCCACAUGAUGCGAAACUUACCGAGAAGGAGAAAACUGGCAUCUGCUAUCUCUCCUUCCCUGACUCUUACUCCGGAUGCCUCGGGGACACAAAGUUCAGCUUCAGGCUGCGUCAGUCGGUUGGUCGCAGCGGCUCCUGGUUUGGGGAAGAUGCCUACAAUAGGGAUGCCCCUGUCACACUACAGCGAGAGCCGGCCCAUUUCCAUGGUUACGUGUACUUCAGACAAGUCAAGGACGUCUCUGUCAAAAGAGGCUAUUUUCAGAAGUCCCUUGUCCUAGUAUCCAGGCUACCUUAUAUCCACCUCUUCCACACCCUGCUGCAGAUCAUUGCCCCCGAGUAUUUUGAGAAGUUGGAGCCUUGCCUAGAAGCAGUAUGUAACGAAAUUGACCAGUGGCCUUCACCCGUGCCAGGGUUGACCCUCAACCUGCCUGUGAUGGGAGUGGUCUUACAAGUCAGAAUCCCAUCAAAGACAGACAAACCAGGGGGAAGCCCAGUGAAACAGGCCCUGAAAGAGAAUCUCCUGCCAGCCCCCACGAUGCUGCCCACUAUCCAUGAGCUGGACCUGUUUAAGUGUUUCCAGUCGGUCCUGAUCCACCUGCAGAUGCUCUGGGAGCUGAUGUUGCUCGGGGAACCCGUGGUUGUGAUGGCACCGUCUCCUGACAUUUCUUCGGAGUCCGUGCUGGCUCUAGUAAGCUCAAUUGCUCCACUGAAGUAUUGCUGUGACUACAGGCCCUACUUCACCAUCCACGAUAGUGAGUUCAGAGAGUACACCACCAGGACACAAGCGCCGCCCAACGUGAUCCUGGGCAUCACCAACCCCUUCUUCAUCAAGACCUUUCAGUGUUGGCCCCACAUUGUGCGCCUCGGAGAACUCAAGAUGUGGGGGGACAUGCCAAAACAGGUCAAGGUGAAGAAAUUGGCCAAACUGAAAACACUUGACACUAAACCAGGCAUCUACACAGCAUAUAAAACAUUCCUGCACAAAGAUAAGGUUCUUAUCAAGAGGCUACUCAAGGGUAUCCAAAGAAAGAGACCAUCGGAGGUACAGACUGCCAUCUUGAGAAGACAUCUGUUAGAGCUCACUCAAAGCUUUAUCAUCCCGCUGGAGCGAUAUAUGGCUAGCCUGAUGCCACUACAGAGAUCUGUAACUCCAUGGAAGACUCCUCCUCAAAUCCGUCCCUUCAAUCAGGAAGAGUUCAUGGGGACUCUGGAACAUGCUGGCCCUCAGCUCACCUCAGUGCUCAAAGGAGAUUGGAUGGGUCUGUACAGGAAAUUCUUCAGGUCACCCAACUUUGACGGCUGGUAUCGUCUUCGGCACAGGGAGAUGACCCAGAAACUAGAAUGCCUUCAUCUGGAGGUCGUCUGCGAUGCCGAUCUGCUGGGUUGGACCAAAGACAAGUCUGAGGUGGAAAUUGUUGACCUGGUUCUGAAACUGAGAGAAAAGCUGGUGAAGGCUCGCAGACAGCAGCUCUCAAUGAAGGACGGGGUUCUGGACAAGCUGGAAGGAUUCAUCCAGACCAUCAUCAGCUCACUACCAGAGGACCUACAGAAUGUACUGCACAGAUGCUGAUACACACACACACACACACACACACACACUUGAUUAACCUCUGAAAAUUCCCUUACACCGUUGCCAUAACCACAAACCUGCCACAAGUAGGAUAUUGCAAUAUUUAGGUGUAGAACUUUAGAUAAGGUCAGUAUGUUUAGGGAUAUUUUGCUAUGGACACUUUGAU